AUGGACAAAAGCCUGAGACAUGCUAUACCGGUGAUUCGAGGAACAAUCAAGGGUAAAGAUAAAAGCAAAGGGUUAUCGCAAGCUUUGGAAAAGGUGAAGGGCCAGCUGAAGUUGAAGUAUGAAAACCACUUUUCGGCACCUGCCGAUUAUUCGCAGAAAGACAGUAUUGAUUUGAGCAUAAUGCCCUUCAGCAAGCCAUUUGAUGAAACGACGCUUCCCGCAUUCAAGCCGAUAGAAAGAUUUCGGUUUAACGGUGAAGAUUUCAAGGUUACAGAUAAAGAAAUUAGCAGUGCACCUUCAGAAUUUCCUGAAUCCAGAUUUCCAAUAGUCACAAAAUCGUCCCCGCUAUGUACUGAUUAUAAAAUGCUCAAAGGCGUAAAUAGUGAUUUGUUCUCUAUCUAUAUGAUGAAGGGAUCAGUUAAAUCAAAGAGUUUGCACAAAUGCAAAUGGUUUGUUUUUCAGUAUUUUCAUUCAACUAGUUUCUUGGGCAGCAUCAUGAAGAGUAGGCCAGGUGUGUUGGUCACGUGUCAUAAUUCAAGGGUUUUCAAUUUUGAUGGACAAGUCAGGGGGAAACUGCCUGCACUAAUUCAAAACAGUUCCUACCCUUUCAAAUUUGCAGUGUACAGAACAAAGUUGAAGAAACUCCUCAGAAAACACUUUCUCGAAUUAUACUUGAAAGACACGGAUUUUGCAGAGAGGUACGAUGGUCUCUACAAAUUUUCAGCAAAUCUCUAUCCAAAAACAGAGGCCGAUGUGAAUGAUUUUGUGACAAACUUAAAAACUUGUCUUAGAAAAGUUCGAAAAAUAGACUUGGACAUACUAGAAAAACAGUAUGAAUUAGAAAACUCUAAAAUGCCCUGGAGAGAUAUUAAUAAAGUUUUAUUGAGAAAUGGAAUUACAGAUUUCCCGAUAAAACCGGUUCAUACUGGGAAGAAGAAUCCUGUAAUUAGGAACAACACCCGUAGAUAG